GCGGAACAAUCACCUUGCGAUUCGACCCCCCACGAGCAAAACCUCAACUCUUCCUCGCACCCGUCACCACUACCGACUCGCAGACUCAAGCAGAUCCGCCAAAAUGGAGAACGAGAAGGGAGAAAUCGUCGAUCUCUACGUCCCCCGCAAAUGCAGCGCUACCAACCGCAUCAUUAAGGCCAAGGACCACGCCUCCGUGCAGAUCAGCGUCGGAAAGGUCGACGAGAACGGCCGUUACACCGGCGAGAACCAAGUGUAUGCUCUCUGCGGAUUCGUGCGAGCCAGAGGAGAGGGCGAUGACAGCCUUAACCGUCUUGCUCAACGGGACGGUUUCUUGAAGAACGUGUGGAGCGCAAGUGCCCAGCGAUAAACGUGUUGUUGCGCUGGAAAUAUGAAAAUUCGGGAAUGGGUUUUUGGGGUUACUUCGUGAAUAUUUCUACGGGUCGAAAGAGAUCUGGGUUCGCUGGAGUUUUACGAUAAUCGUUCUGUUCUAGCUUGUACCCGCUCCGGGGUUUCCCACACGACGAACAUGAAUUAAAAAGGCAUCACAUAAACCCGUUUCCCAAAAUGCUUUCGCUUUUCCCUUUUCUCCCUGGUCGUCAGGUUUCCAUCAAUCAUCAAUAUUGCCUUGUCGCUGCUAGCUAGACCCCGUUGCAUGUCCCUAUUAAACGGAUAUGUUUCGUUAUCCCACGUUAUCCACGAAGAACAUAAUUCAAAUCAACCUUUCCCGUGCCUCUCUUG